AUGCAGCAGGAAGUGGAAAUGCAGAAGACUGAUUGGACACACAGACUGGUGCAGUAUGGUUACCAGAAUCACAGCUUCACCCCUGAAGAAAGGUCAGAGGGCACAGUCCUGAUGAAAAUGAUCAAAUGGCCAAAGCCCCCCAACCCUACUGUACCUUUUCGGAAAAGCAGUGACCCAUCACGUGCACGCUUUGUUAUUAUAAAUUCUGAAAAGACUUUCUACGUUGGAGAUCAGUUACAGGUGAUGCUGCAGAUGUAUGAUUUUGAGGGAAAUCCGAAGCAAUAUGGGGGUGACUAUCUCCAAGCCCGGAUCCACACCCCAGAGUUGAAAGCCGGUCCAGCAGGAACAGUUAUAGAUAACCAAAAUGGAUUUUAUUACAUCAAUUUUACUUUAUUCUGGCCGGGGAAAGUCCAAGUGUCUGUUUCCUUGGUUCAUCCCAGUGAAGCGAUCCAGGUACUUCAGAGACUACGUGAAGAACAGCCAUUUAGAGUGUUUUUAAAAAGUACCUUCAAAUAUGGGGUUAUUUCAGAGGCUACAAUAUGCAAUCUAUUUUUACCUCAGACUAAACCACUUUGUAAUUUUACUGAUCUUAAGACCGGGGAGCCCUGGUUCUGUUACAAACCAGAGAAGCUUCCUUGCUCUACUCGUGUCAACUAUAACAGAGCAGGAUACGUGAAGCUGCUUGUGACUGGGGGAGACCUUACAUUUUUCCAAAGUAAAAUCAACAUCAAGAAGAAUUUACUACCCAGUGCCACAGAUUAUAUAACUGUAAAACCUUCACCUCGGGCAAUAAGAGAGGCUAACUACCUACCCUUGACAUCUGGAAAACCGAUGUUAUCACCAGCUGGGUUUUAUUAUAAGGACCAGUGGAUGUCAACAAGCUGCAAUAUCCGUCAAUUUAACACUCCUGCAAACAUUACAGACUGUCUCCGUGGGAAAAAGAUUUAUCUGAUUGGAGAUUCCACAAUGCACCAGUGGUUUACAUAUUUGACUAGAUUUCUUCCAGGUCUCAAAGUAUUUGACCUUGGCUCUUCUGGAUUAGCUGGCCCUCUCCUUGCUUUGGACAAGGAACACAACAUCAUGGUGUAAUUUCGUGUACACGGUCCACCAAUCCAAUUCUACAAUAUUUGGAGCCAAUUAUUGCGGUACACUUCAAAUAGAAUAGAUGAAGUUAAAGGAGGAAAAGACUCAGUUAUAGGAAUUACCUUAUGUGUCCAUUUUGCCACUUAUCCAAUAGAAGUGUACAUUCGGAGACUACAGUAUAUCCGGAGAUCAAUUCUACAACUUUUGGGCAGGAGUCCAGAUACAUUAGUGGUAAUAAAGACAGCUAAUGUACGGGCCCUUACACCAAGUCUCAGUCUCCGUCAGAGUGACUGGUUCUCCUACCAGCUUGAUUUAGUACUGAGAAGGAUAUUUGCAGGCAUCAACGUAGCAUUUGUGGAUGCGUGGGAAAUGACCAUAGCUCACUACCUGCCCCAUAACAUACACCCUCCUCAAAUCAUUAUAAAGAAUGAAAUGGAUGUGUUUCUUUCAUAUGUGUGCCCUUCUGAAAAUAAGUAA